AUGCUUGUUCAAAUUUAUGUUGAUGAUAUUAUUUUUGGCUCAACUGACCCUGCUUUGUCUAGAGAAUUCGAAGAUUUGAUGAAGAGUAAGUUCGAAAUGAGCAUGAUGGGAAAAAUCAAUAAUUUUCUUGGUUUGAAUAUUCGUCAAAACAGAGAAGGAAUUUUUAUCAAUCAAGAAAAAUAUACGAAGAAUCUGCUGGAAAAGUUUGGACUGACGAAUAGCACGAAGUUACGAGUUCCAAUGGCAACGGGCAUCAAGCUAACACCGUCGUUAGAUAAACCUGCUGUUGACAUAACUUUAUAUAGAAGCAUGAUUGGUUCAUUACUUUAUCUCACAGCUAGUAGACCUGAUAUCAUGUUUUCUGUGUGUAAUUGUGCAAGGUAUCAGUCUAAUCCACGAGAACCACAUCUCACUGCGGUGAAGAAUAUAUUUCGUUAUCUUAAAGGAACAAUUUCGUUAGGAUUGUGGUAUCCUUCGAACACUGGGUUCUUUGUACAAGCAUAUUCGGAUGUUGACUUGGGUGGUUGUAAUCUUGAUCGAAAAAGCACAAGUGGUGGAUGUCAAUUUCUUGAUGGCAAAUUGGUGAGCUGGCAGUCGAAAAAGCAAACAUGCGUAUCAAUUUCAACAGCUGAAGCAGAAUAUGUGGCUGCUGCUGCUUGCACUUCGCAAAUAUAUGGAUCCAAACAUUCGAAGACUAAACAUAUAGCUCUUCGUUAUCAUUUCAUUAAAGAUCACGUGGAGGAUGGAAAUAUUGAAGUACAUUUCGUGAAAACAACUGAUCAGUUAGCUGAUAUAUUCACGAAACCUUUAGAUGAAAAAUCCCUUGUGAGAAUAAUAGAAGGGCUUGGAAUGAUCGAUGGAAAUUAUGUUCCAUGCGAAAAAGGAGAAUGA